UGGCGGCGGCUGCGGCGGGUGGAGACACAAGCACAGGCGGCGGCGGCGGCGGCGGAGGAGGCAGGGGAGCUACAGGCGGCGGCGGCGGCACGGUCCUGAAAUUACACUGAACACUCAAACACCUGUUUCUUACUGAUUUCUGAAGCAAAAAGAUUCUUCCUCAGUUGCUGAGAUGGCUAGUCCCACACAACAGAUUUCCAAAGAUGAGCUUGAAGAACUGAGAGAAGCCUUUGCAAAAGUUGAUCUCAACAGCAAUGGAUUCAUUUGUGAUUAUGAACUGCAUGAGCUUUUCAAGGAAGCAAACAUGCCAUUACCAGGCUAUAAAGUAAGAGAAAUACUCCAAAAACUUAUGAUCGAUGGCGACAAAAAUAAAGAUGGCAAAAUCAGUUUUGACGAGUUUGUUUUGAUUUUCCAAGAGGUCAAAAGUAGCGACAUCGCUAAAACCUUCCGAAAGGCCAUCAACAGAAAGGAAGGCAUCUGUGCACUGGGCGGGACAUCAGAAUUGUCCAGUGAAGGAACCCAGCAUUCAUAUUCAGAGGAAGAAAAAUACGCUUUUGUGAACUGGAUAAACAAGGCCUUGGAAAACGAUCCUGACUGCAGACAUGUCAUCCCGAUGAACCCAAACACGGAUGACCUUUUCAAAGCUGUUGGAGAUGGAAUUGUGCUUUGUAAAAUGAUCAACCUUUCAGUUCCUGACACAAUUGAUGAAAGGGCAAUUAACAAGAAGAAACUGACACCAUUUAUCAUUCAGGAGAACUUAAACUUGGCAUUGAAUUCGGCCUCUGCCAUCGGGUGCCACGUAGUCAACAUUGGAGCUGAGGACUUACGGGCUGGAAAGCCUCACCUGGUUCUGGGGCUGCUUUGGCAGAUCAUUAAGAUUGGGUUGUUUGCUGAUAUCGAACUUAGCCGAAAUGAAGCCUUAGCGGCCUUGCUCCGAGAUGGUGAGACCUUGGAGGACCUCAUGAAGUUAUCUCCCGAAGAACUGCUGCUUCGAUGGGCCAACUUCCAUUUGGAAAACUCAGGCUGGCACAAAAUCAACAACCUGAGCUCUGACAUCAAGCUAAUUGACUUCAGUAAUUCAGUAAAGGAUUCUAGAGCCUACUUCCAUCUUCUAAAUCAGAUCGCUCCAAAAGGCCAGAAGGAAGGGGAACCCCAGAUUGACAUCAGCAUGGCCGGCUUCAACGAAAAGGAUGACCUGAAAAGGGCCGAGUUCAUGCUUCAGCAGGCCGACAGACUGGGUUGCCGCCAGUUUGUCACCCCGGCGGAUGUGGUCAGUGGAAAUCCCAAGCUGAACUUGGCUUUUGUGGCCAACCUUUUCAACAAGUACCCAGCACUCACCAAACCCGAGAACCAGGACAUCGAUUGGACACUGCUAGAAGGAGAAACCCGAGAAGAAAGAACUUUUCGUAAUUGGAUGAAUUCACUUGGUGUUAACCCUCACGUAAACCAUCUGUAUGGAGACCUGCAGGAUGCCCUGGUCAUCUUACAGCUGUACGAAAGGAUCAAAGUCCCCGUUGACUGGAAUAAGGUCAACAAGCCUCCAUAUCCCAAGCUGGGCGCCAACAUGAAAAAGCUGGAAAACUGCAACUAUGCUGUGGAUUUGGGGAAGCACCCUGCCAAAUUCUCCCUGGUUGGCAUCGGUGGGCAGGAUCUCAAUGAUGGCAACCCAACCCUUACCUUAGCUCUGGUCUGGCAGCUGAUGAGAAGGUAUACCUUGAAUGUCCUGGAAGAUCUUGGUGAUGGACAGAAAGCUAACGAUGACAUCAUUGUGAACUGGGUGAACAGAACACUAGGGGAAGCUGGGAAAUCCACCUCUAUCCAGAGCUUUAAAGACAAAUCUAUCAGUUCAAGCUUGGCUGUUGUGGACUUGAUUGAUGCCAUCCAGCCGGGAUGUGUUAACUACGACCUCGUGAAGAGCGGGAACCUGACUGAGGACGACCGCCACAACAACGCCAAGUAUGCCGUGUCGAUGGCCAGAAAAAUCGGGGCCAGGGUCUAUGCUCUACCUGAAGACCUGGUGGAAGUGAAACCCAAGAUGGUGAUGACGGUGUUUGCCUGCUUGAUGGGCAGAGGGAUGAAGAGGGUCUAAGAAAGUCAAUCUAAAUGCAAACAGAAGCCCUUGCCUCCUUCCCCCCUGCCCCCUGCAUGACUCCCAGAUCAGCUAUUUCCAGGGUGGAAUGCUGCUGGCUUAUGAACCCUUGGCCUUUAAAGAUCUUUUAGUUUUGCUUGGCAAGACUAGUACCGCCGUCAUCAUCAUCAGAGUUCUCAGGGAGAGGAGUUUUAAUACAAACAACUGCUCUUUCCCAAACACAGUCAAAGUGUCAUUUCUCAAGUGCACACAAAAUAUCUUCCUAUCCUAACCAUUUGGCUCUCCUCCCCUUAGAAUGCCCCACUGAAAGUCCCCCCACCCCCCCGCGAUUGCUCUAUUUUAAUUCUCCGUUUUCCCUCUACUCUUUCCACCUUUUGGGUUUGAUCUGAUUGAUGGGUAGGGAUCCUACUAGACAGUAACUUCACAUUUAAUCCAGCAGUUUUGUUCUACUUGCGUAGUAUGGAUUGAAACCCUCGGGGCUUGUUUUUGUAGGCUUGAAGUUGCUCAGCGGCAAGUGUUAAAAGCUUCCUUAAAACUCUUAUUUCUGAAAAUCAAUAUCCUUUCAUGUAAUCUUUCCUACAUGAUGCUUUCUGAUACAUCAAAAGGUUUGGGUUCUCUUCUAGACAAGACCGCAACUGCUCCUGCCACCUUGUCCCCUAGCCCUGCCUUUUCAAAAAGCAUCUGUUAGAGAGUGGGGAAUGUAUCCUAACCUUUGAUCUGCUUUUCCAGUGUAGACAACUACUAGCAGGCGUUCCCACCACACGAAUCCCUUUUGUGCUGUGUUUGAUCCAAGUCUUUUGCUUCUUUUGUUUUGUUUUAAAUUGAAAAUGCUGUUGAAUAGUAACUAUUUUUCAGGGGAGGGAGUGCUAUGACCAGCUCAAGUCAGUAGCAGGUAGAGCCAGUGUGCCGAUUCGCGAGAUAAAUACACCGAAAACGAGGAGCAGUGCUCACCAAAGAAGGAAGAAAAAUGUACCCAUACGUCUUAAUGUACUCUUGCUUUGGCAAGCUGUUUGCUCUAUUUGCCAGAUCCUAUUGUUAUUCUAAGCUAUUCAAAGUGAUGUCAUUUGGUGGCAAAUAUUAGUUCAAGUAAAAGACAUUUAAGUACAAA